AUGUGUCAGGUUACUGUUGGAAUAAUAUCCCGCCGCCUGCAAGAGGGCAGUGCGUGGAACAGUCACCAGUCCAAGUACGCUCCUGAGCAACGCGUGUUAGUAAACAUGCGCCCGCGCAGCGCCCUCGCACGCAGUUUUGCGCCGACAAUGCUGCCGCUACUGUUGCUGCUUGGGGCCGCCAGUGCAGAACCACCUAAAACGAUCCAAAAGCCUAUAGAGCACUGCCCAAGCAUCGGUUACUUCUUCGAGCGACAAGACGUCCAAAACUAUCCAGGAACUUGCUACCUCUGCUAUUGCAACAAUGAUGGCCAAGCUGUCUGUACCAUCAGGGACCAUGAGCGGUGUGACCAUAAUGAGUCUAAUAGUGUGGACAGGACUGAUGUUAGGACUGAUAUUAGGGAAUGGACUGAUGUAAAAGAUCAUGGAGAAAGGAAUAAACGCAGAAGAUCCAAGCGGGGCUUGAUGGAACUGUUCUUCGACAAUGCAAAAAAAGAUGUAAUGUUGAAGAGUAUGUCGCAACUGUCGGACGCAAACGAAGAAGAUUGUAAGCCGAAAUCAAGCAAGAGUAUUGGAUGUCCACCAAAGGACUGGUGUACGGGAUGUCUAGUUUGCGACUGCGAUGAGAAAGGCGAGUGGAAAUGCCAUGUUAUGAGCUUCUGUGAAGAUAAAACUCCACGGCCAAAAGGUAAAAAAAGUAAGAAAAUUGAAGCCACCACAAAAGCUGAUGAAACAAAUGAUAUUCAAUCAAAUAAUAUCCCGGAAAAUAAAAACCAGAAGAGAUCUGUUAAACACAAGAAAAAUAAAAAAUCUAAAAAAAAUACGACUACCACGAUAACUACGACAACCACGACAACCAGUAAACCUCAAAUGCCAAAAAUUGCUGUAAAAACGCUGAAGAAGUUUAUACGCAAAGACCAAAUGAAAAAUGUGACUGGCCCUCCAAUUGUAAUUAUUAAGAAAUACAUAUCAACUCUUUCUCCAAUAGAUCCAGAAUUAUUAAAGUACAAAAAUGACUCCCAAAAACUGGCACAAAUACUCUACCAACAAUAUGAAGCUACGCAAAAGCCACAGAACUCUCACGCUGUCAAACGGGAAAUUAAAUUAGAAAAGGUACUCAAAAAUAAACAAAAACGUACUUUUGAACUAAAAUAUAAUGCUAGAGGCAGAAAACCAAUGAACAUCAAAGAACACACUGACUGGAAGAUAAAAAUGAAGGCGAGGAAAAUAGAGCGAGACCACGCGAGAACUAUUUCUUAUUCUAAGAGUUUCUACUCUAAACAGAAUGAGCUGAUGAAUAUGGAUGAGAAAAAUCGUAAAACAAAAAAGACGGCAAAUGACGAUGAAUACUAUGAUAGUGGUAGUCAAAAAAAGAAGGCUACAGUUAUUCUGAUUCCAAGAUUAAGAAGGAGUAAAAGAAAUGUGUUGCCGUUGUACGAGGUUCCUUCAAAUAUUACUUUUAUGGAUAAUGACACAGUUAAUAUGUCUGUAGUACCCAAUGACCAAGUGGAAGCAUUGACUAGUGUUAUUGGAAUAAACAAACACUUGGCAUCGGACUUAGAUAACUAUAAAUAUACUGUGGAUAACAUUGUUACGAAAAAAUACGAAGAUGAAAUAACAAGCGGUGAUAUUGUUUACGAAUCAACAAUUAAGUAUGUAGAUAUAAUUACCAACAAUUACAACGACACUGAACCUAAUACAACAAUGAGGAGUACGACUAAUUACACAAAUAUAGAGGUUGAAACCACAACACUGAAUGAAACAACGCAGAAUGUAAACUACGACUUGAAAAAUUAUACUGUUAACGAAAUCUCUACUCAAUUUAUUGAUUUGGAUUUAGAUAACAAUCAUACUUUAGAAACGACUACUUCAACAGUUUACUCUUCGGAUAAUAAUCAAUCCACCACCAAAGAAUUCAUAAUCAAUUAUGAAACAACAACGGUGACGGAGAAGAAUCAAGAAAUAAAUAUAACAGCUACCAAAAUGAAUAUCAACACAAAUGUGACAGAAAUUCCUAUUAAAAAAGGUUAUAUAACGAGUAUAGACAAAAUUAUAAAAGACUUCAAUAAAUAUGCAUUAGACAGAUGGAAAAAUAGAAAUAAGACAAAAGGUAUUUUUGCAAAUAUGUACAAUGAUAGGCAAAAUAACUCUAUCAUUAGAUCAAUGAAAUCGAGCUCAGACGAUAUUGAAAAUUUGCUGCAAAGUAUUUCUUAUAAUAGAACUAAAAAUAAUACUACGCAAAACAGAAUGGUAGCUAUAAAUUAUUUGAAAAAAAUAUAUAGUCAAUUAUUGUCAACAAAAAAUAAUAAGUCACGGCUCAACAAUAUUUCUGUCAUGGAAUCGAUAUGUGAUACUUUUGGGCCAUGCAAAAUCAGCACUAACAAGAUGGAAAUAUUGAAUUAUAAAAUCGCUGAUCUCAUCUCCGAAACUAAAAAAGCUUUAAACAUAAUAAGAAAUAUCAAACAAGUUUUGCAAUUAAUUGAUGGUGCAGUGAAUACCACUGACAAAAACGUAAACGCCGAGGUGGAAUUCAAGAGUUAUGUAAACAAAUUGAACGCAGUAUUAACAGAUAGUUAUAAAAAUCCAAUAACAGAAACUGAUACAAAUAAUUUGAAUCUCAUAAAAAAUAACACAAAAGUAUUCAUAAAUUCGAUUGGAAAGUUUGCAUUUAUUCUAAAUGAUAUUUUAGGAAUAAUACAUUCAGAAAGGAUGAAGUACAAUAAUUUUCGAAAACGCAAAAUUUUAAUCAAGAAGGUUACUAGACACAGAGCUAGUGAGCCAUUACAUAAAAUAAAAAAUCUUUUCCUGAAAUUUAAUGUGGUACAAAACUCAUUUAUGCGCAACAUGUACCGAGCCAUAUCUGACUUAGAACGACGAAAUGAGCAGAAUGCAUUGGUUUAUGAAAAAAGAGUAAAUGAACAGCGAGAUAUAAGAUACAAAAAGUCUGUUAACAAGUAUAUGCACAAAAUCAAUUACAAUUUGGAGAAGUUAAGGGUGUUAGCCUUAAAGAUGAGCGCAAAAGAAAGAAAAAGGAGAGAUCUUAUGGAUCAUGACGAUGCUGUGGAUUAUUUGCUGACUCUGAUGGAAUAUUUGCUGAAAAACAAUAAUCCAGUGGAUUCUCCUCCAGUGGUAGACGGAAUAGACUUGCUGAUAGAUGCUAUCAGACGAGCCCCUGAAAUAAAACCGAUAAAGAAAAAGUUUUUGAAACAUACAUCUUUAAUGCCAUCAUAUCCUAGUGACCAAUCAAAAGCCCAACCAAGCAGCGAAUCCGAAGACGACACUUCAAAAAAUAAAAAUUCAAACGAAAAAAUUACGGACGAUUUCAGUAUUGAAAAACUUAAUGAUACUACUAUAGUAGCAUCAAAUAAUCUAGCAAAUAACGAAUUCACAAGAAAGAAUGCUGAUGAAUAUCAAAAGUCUGCGUCUACAAGUACGACAUCGUCAACUGCAAAAUAUGUUGACGUCGAAGAUUUGGUUUUUAACGGGGAUGUACUUCCAAAAGUUUAUAUAGCUACGGUUCCUACUUAUGACAACGAUGAUGUGGAAUCUGAAAAGGAGUUCGCAAAACAAACGAUCCACAAACACUCAGAAAUAAAAGAAAUAAAAGCAAACGUAUCUUCGAACGACAUGGAAGAAGAAUCAUCUACUACAAAGAAAACUAUUGUAGACAAUGAUGAUAACAGUGAAGUCAACGCUACAGUCACAGAAAAACAGAUUAUGACUCACUUUGAUAGACUGAAUGAAGAAUACGAAAAGCAAAUAAAAGGGAAAGCUCUAUCAACAAAGAAUCUUAAGCCAAGGCGCAGGAAACCUAAACGUUCACGCAAGAAAUCGAAAGAAAAUAAAAGCGAUGUCAGUACCAUCUCGAAAGAGAUUGAUGAAGAGAAGACUAGAAAGAAAGUUAUAGCGGAAGAAGCCAUUUUACGGAAACAUAUUGCUACUUCUACAGAAGAUGAUCCUUUUCAGUUGGAAGACGAGAGUCUAUCAAGAGACUUAACGCAUUUAAAUUCUAUGAGAGAUAACAAUGACGUUUUUCCUAGUUAUUUUACGUAACUCAGAAUGAUAAGAACAUUUUAUUUUGGCACAUAAUAUAAUUGAGACAUUCAAAAAAAACUUUUCUUCCGUACCCAAAAGUGAAGGGAUCCUUAUUUAUAUUUACUACCUACAGGCCAAUCAGAACGUGUACUGGGUUUACUGGUGUGUCUCAGAAAGAUCUUUCUUUUUCAUAUUCUUAUCCCACGUUAUGUGGGAUCGGUACAACUAGUCUUCCCUUCCAUUCCUCUCUAUCUUUCGUCAUCUCAACACUCACUUCUUUCUUUCUCAUAUCCUCUUUCACACGAUCCAUCCAUCGUUGUUUGGGUUGGGUAUACCCCUUCCGCUCCAUCCCACGACAUUCAUUUAUUCAUUCAUGUCUCAAAAAAUUGUUUAGGAGAAUUUUACAUACUUAAUGAUACUUGGUAGAAAUAGUUUGGAAGGAGUGGAGUUCCUUGCCGGCAUUUCCAUGAUUAUCCAACAUAUCCAUCAUGCAUCCGGCAUAUCUAACAACCUUGAAAUCAAGGGUGAACUGAACAGGCACCUUCUGGGCGAGCGUCUUCGCUUCGGCUAGUUUCUGGCCCUGAGUAAGCCCAUUAUAGUAAAUAAAAACUUUUGACAUGUUGUUGUUAGCUUAGAUAAUAGAUAUUAAAACAUAAUUUUUUGGCUCAAAAUAUGAUUUGGCAGAAAACCUUCAUCCGACCCACUGAAAAAGUUCAUAAUUUGUUAGAGUUUUUUGCAUAUGUAUAAAUAUAUUCUGAUUACAAAUUAUUGUUUGGCAGAAAAUCCUGAACCUUCACUAAAUUUCAUGAUUUUAAUAAUGAAAUGAUAAUUAAUUUUAUGCGAAAUCUUAAUAAAAAUUGACUAAUUGUUGAAAGCAGACGUUUUACGUGAAAUAUAUUUCUGACAAAUAAUAAUCUGCAAGAAAUAUUUUUUAUCAAUUACAUUAUUAAAAGAGGGCUUGCAUAAACGUGUAAAAAUUAAGAUUCUAGGUAGUAAUUUUUUUAAUUUUAUGCGGAUUACAUUUACCAAUUGUAUUAUACAGAGUGGGGCCUGUAACAAAGGCGAAGAAUUGAACUGUAGGCUAUUCUCCUUAUAAUGAUCAACAUUUGUUCAGUGACUUUUAAAAAUUAUGAAGUCUUUAAAUUUUUAAUUUUUCA